AUGGACUCCUUGCAUCAUGUUGGUCGCUCUGUUGCCGCCAUUUUCGUCGCUCCUGCCACUGUUGCCGCUGCUUUUUGUGCUGCCGGAGCUCCCUCCUUCUUCCUUCUAGUUAUAGGAGAUUCAGACUUCACCAUUGAGGUCCAUUACGAGAGAAAUUUUGUUGAUAACAGACAUGGGUUAGAGUAUUUAGGUGGAAUGGUUGUAGAUGAUUUAUAUUUUGAUGUUGAUGAAUGGUCUUUGCAAGACAUUGUGAGAGAGCUAAAGAAACUAGGGUAUAAGGGGUAUGCCAGGUUAUGGUAUAAGGAACUUGAGAUGAAUUUGAACUCAGGUAUUGGAGAAAUGAAGUCUGAUGCGAAUGUGAUGAGAAUAGCUAGGUUGUUGGUGUCUGGUUCUGUGAAGCAUUGUGAGGUGUAUGUUGUUGAUGGAGUCAAAGAAGGUAAAUGGAUUGAAAUCACUUCUAAUGAUGUUGAUUAUAUGCCAGAGGAAGGUGAGGACAGUGGCAACGGGUUGUUAAAAGUUGAAGUGGACGCUGAGUUAGAGCCUUCUACCAAGGAAGAGGCAUUUGAUGAUAGUGCUGAUGAUGGUGAUCACGAGGAUCACUUUGGGUUUGAGGUGGAGGAUAAUGAUCCACAAUCAAAUGCCUUCGGGGCAUUCAAUGGGCCAUUGAAUAAAGAGGUUCUUGCAACUGGGGUUGCUCAAGGUGAUAGAGGUUUAGGGGAGGUUGAUGAGAAAAUUGGGGAUAUUUAUGAUGGAUAUGAAACUGAAGAGAUAGAUAGUUAUAAGGGAGAUUCUGAUGACAUGAUAAAGAAGAAGAGGUUUCUAAGAUACAACGAGGCAGAGAUGAGUAGAGAGUAUGAAUUUCGGGUGGGGUUGGAAUUCAAAUCACUAAAUCAUUUUAAAGAUGUUAUUAAGGAACAUGCCUUAUUGAAUAGUAGGGACAUCAGGCUUGCGUCAAGCAAUUGGAUAUCAAAGAAGAUUGCCAACAACAUUAGCCGAGGGGAGGAAAUGAAGCUUGCAACAGUUAUCCAGACCAUUCAAGACAAAUAUAUGGCAAACAUCAGUGUUGGCAAGGCUUAUUGGGCAAGAAGAAAGGUAAGAAAAGAGGUGCAUAGGAGGGCAAUCUUGCAAUAUGCCAAGCUCUGUGAUUACUGUGCAGAGAUACUUAGGGCAAACCCAGGGUCUAGCUUGAAAAUAAUCAUUGAUGGACCUUCUCUUACACACCAGCUAAGAUUUCUAAGAAUGUAUAUAUGCCUUGAUGCAGUGAAGCAAGGCUUCUUGGCAGGUUGUAGACCUAUUAUUGGAGUGGAUGGUUGUCACUUGAAGGGUCACCAUGGACAACAGCUGCUGGUUGCUGUAGGAAGAGAUCCAAAAGACAACUAUUUUUGA